AUGCUCCAGGCCAUCAGCUCGGGCCUCUCGUUCAUCCACUAUGAGCUCGCCUCUGCCGAGCACGCCGUCGACAUCUUCCUCUGGCUUCAGGAGCGGUCGAUCUUCACCCGCAUCUUUGCGCACGUGGCCAAGCCCGGUGUCACCCUGCGCGCCGCCGAUCUUCUCCGGAACCUUGUCCUCUCCGAGUGGACCAACGAUAGCGUCGCCGAGCAGACGUCCAAGUACGUCGAGCUGUGGCUCCCGCUCGACACCAAGUUUGCCACCGCCGACGCCUUUGACGCGUUUCUCGCUGCCUUUGCCGCCCACCUCUCGGCCUCGGGCGAGAUCGAGGCGCUCACCCAGGCCGCGGGCGAAGAUGCCGCCGCACACGCCACCGUCGCCCUUGAUGACAUGCUCUACUUUGCCCUCGCCACCUGGGUCCGACUCUCUGCCGUCGUCCAUCCCAGCGACACCGGCAUCGCCGAGCACAUCAUUGCCCGUCUCUCGCAAGCUGUCGCCGACUAUGCCCCGUUGUCAGGUGAGGUGUCUGCGAGCGAGCAGUAG